GUCCUUCAGCGGACUGUUUUUAUUUAUUUCUUUGUUUCAUGUGCAUAAAACAACAACAAUGGUGGAUAAUUGAAGAAGCGAGAUUAUUGGGAUGAGUGAAUGACAUUUCCAGUCACCGUUACCCGACCGAUAUCUCAAGUGAAUCAACAGGGGGAGGAUGAAGCGGCGCAAUGCGGACUGCAGCAAACUCCGACGGCCGUUAAAACGGAACCGAAUCACCGAGGGUAUAUAUAGCAGUACGUUCCUGUACCUGAAGUUUCUGGUAGUCUGGGUGUUAGUUCUGCUGGCUGACUUUGUGCUGGAGUUCAGGUUCGAGUACCUGUGGCCCUUCUGGCUUUUCAUCCGAAGCGUCUACGACUCCUUCAGAUAUCAGGGGCUGGCAUUCUCUGUCUUCUUCGUGUGUGUGGCGUUUACGUCAGACAUUAUAUGCCUCCUCUUCAUCCCCGUCCAGUGGCUGUUUUUUGCUGCCAGCACCUACGUAUGGGUCCAGUAUGUUUGGCACACAGAGAGAGGAGUGUGUCUACCCACUGUAUCGCUGUGGAUCCUGUUUGUGUACAUCGAAGCUGCCAUACGCUUCAAAGAUCUGAAGAACUUUCAUGUAGACUUGUGUCGGCCCUUCGCUGCUCACUGUAUCGGCUAUCCGGUCGUGACUCUAGGCUUUGGCUUCAAGAGCUAUGUUAGCUACAAGAUGCGACUGAGGAAACAGAAGGAAGUGCAAAAGGAGAAUGAAUUCUACAUGCAGCUUCUACAGCAGGCUUUACCGCCAGAGCAACAGAUGCUGCAGAGACAAGAACGGGAGGCAGAAGAAGCUGCUUUAGCUAAAGGGAUCUCAGAGGUAGAACCCACAGUAGUUUCCCAAAACGGAGCGCCUCCUGGAAAGAAAAGCACGUCAGUACCGUUACCAGAGCUGGAGUACCGGGAAAAAGGGAAGGACAGUACUGCAAAGGAGGGCAAAAAGCAAAACACAAUCGGAAUCAAUAACAACAGUAUUAUACAUGCACUGGACUCCAAAAUACAGGAGACAGAGUAUAUUGAGAACUACGUUGGGGCAAAGAGACUGAAUAACGACCUGGCAGGAGAAAACAUGCAUUCUGAUACCAACACACACACUACUUCUAAAGAGGAAAUGGGGGGGGCGGGGAAGAACUACAAAAAUGCCAGUGGAGGUGGGGGCAGCAACUCAUCUCCACGGAAUCACAGUUCUGCAAACGGCAGCGUGCCCGCCGGGUCUUCAACCAAUAAGAAUGAGAAGAAGCAGAAGGGCGCAGGAAAGGGGCAGAAAGACCCGGUGGAGAACUGCAUCCCCAACAACCAGCUGGGAAAACCAGAGGCUCUAGUGCGGCUGGAGCAGGAUGUGAAGCGUCUGAAGGCAGAUCUUCAGGCCAACAGGCAGUUGGAGUCGGAGCUGCGGAGUCAGCUUUCCUCUCUGAGCAGCCAGGACCGCAGCCUUCGCUCAGAGCUGGGCCAGCUGCGCCAAGACAACGAGCUGCUGCAGAACAAGCUCCACAGUGCUGUCCAGGCCAAGCAGAAGGACAAGCAGACCAUUUCCCAGUUGGAGAAGAGGCUAAAGGCUGAGCAGGAGGCCCGCGCUCUUGUUGAGAAACAGCUGGCUGAGGAAAGGAAGAGGAAGAAGAUAGAGGAGGCCACUGCUGCGAGAGCUGUAGCUUUAGCUGCUGCUACUAGAGUGGAGUCUACUGAUUCUCUUCGUGGUCGCAUCAGAGAGCUGGAGACCGAGUGUAAGAAACUCAGCAUGGACAUGAAACUCAAGGAGGAGCAGAUUAGGGAUCUGGAAGGCAAAUGUCAGGAGCUGCGUAAGUAUAAAGAGAACGAGAAGGACACAGAGGUGUUGAUGUCAGCGCUGUCAGCCAUGCAGGAGAAGACCCAGCACCUGGAGAACAGCCUCAGCGCUGAGACCAGAAUCAAACUGGACCUCUUCUCUGCUCUGGGGGAUGCCAAGAGGCAGCUAGAGAUUGCACAAGGCCAGAUCCAUCAGAGGGAGCAGGAGAUCGCAGAGCUGAAGCAGAAGAUAGCAGAGGUGAUGGCUGUGAUGCCCAGCCUGUCCUAUUCGUCAGACGGCAGCAACCUCAGCCCGGUCACGCCACACUACUCCUCGAAGUUCAUGGACAAUAGUCCCUCCUCUCUGGACCCCAACGCCUCAGUCUACCAGCCCCUCAAAAAGUGACUCUGACAGCCACACGUCUGUCAGAUGGAAAUUCUCCUCUUGCUUUCUUUCUUUUGCUCUCAGUUUCAGUUCAGGUUACUUUUGAGUUUACCAGCCCCUGAACGUUUUUGCACUCUAAUAACACGUACACAAACACAACCCCUUCAUACAUAUGUGUAUUUGUUUUUUUGGUUCUAUUAUGAGAACUGUUAUUUUGACAGGUUUUACAGGAUUUUUGAGUGGAGAUUUGGGAUUGAGCCAUGAGACGGCGUGCUCUUUAUGAAGCGGGGGACAGGAAUACACAAAUUGGUUGGCCAGAUGUCUACAGAAGAGCCAUCACGCAUCACUUUAUGUCAGUCUUCUUUUGGUGUACAAUGUGAACCCCCCUCACAGCCAUAUUUAUUUUCUUCAGGAAACUGACACCCAGGAUUAAUUUAGAAACAAGAUUGACUUGUCUUGAUGGUUUAUGGAUUAGACUGAAGGCGUUUUUUUUUUUUUUCCCCGUUCAGACUUGAAUUUGAAGCUCACCUGCAAAGUGAAGCCCUGUGAGAGAUACAUGAAUGUAAUACUGUUCAUGUUUUGAUAUCAGCGUUUACUAAAUCAGUGAUUGUUUUGUAAGGUUCCAGUUCAGUUUCAGCAAUGUACUUUUCUUUAGAAAUAAUGGUAAUAAACAGUUUGCUGUGUUCCUCAGAUACUCCAAUACAAUUUAGUUUCUUCAUGCUGGAUUAGUGGAUUCUCCAGGAUCACCAGUUAAUGGAUCAAGUAGGUGUAGUUUUGUCCUUAAGAAUACUACUGCUAGAUUUGACCUGGCACUGCCAAAAUGUCACAUCAACAUUCACUUGUUUGCUGCAGACACCUUUCCUCUCCCCUCUGGACCAAAUUAGAACCCGUUAGGCCAUAUUAUUAUUAACAGGAUUUAAUGAUGUCGAGGUAACUGGUCGUUACCAUUAUUUGCAGAUUUUACAGUGCCUUGCAGUUUUCUCUUUCUAAGAUGAAUACUUUUCAAUCCUGGGAUUUCAAAGCUUCAAAGCCGCUGUCCUCUGUUUAGCUCUGCUGCGCCUGGUUUUCAUUUGUACGAGGUAAAGAUUUCUCAAACGCUCAAGUCAGUAUUCACAGGCUGAAACAAUUAAGUGUCACAUCGGACGCAGCUAAUUGAUGACAAUAUUGCAGACUCAAAGGGAAAACAUUAGACUGGACAUGGUACAAGUCAUUUCAGAGUGACACAGUCUUGGUAUGCCAAAACACAAACCAAACUGAUUGUCCACUAUUAUGCCCUCUAGCUGGCAUUUCGUUGUUUACAACAAUGUACAUUAACUUACUGAGGAAUGUUUUCUUUAUUUCAUUUCAGUUCUUAAGUGCCAAGUGUUGAUGUUCAGUUUCCAUCCAUACUUUGAUCGAUGUAGCUAGCUAGCAUAAUGUUUGCAGAAGAGUGCUGUUACUUUUUUGUCAUUAGAACAUAAUUGGAUGAUGUCGUGUUUACAAGGUUCUGGGCUGAUCGCGAUGAAGCAGCAGACAGUCAGUUGGACUGAUUGUGUUACAUUUAUUUAUUUGUUGCAAACUUUUAUUGAGUGGCACUUCUUUGAUAUUUCCCAUCAUAUUAGGUUGGUUUCCUAUAUUUUCUACCAGGAAAGAUUCUGUGAAUGUGUUGUGUUGGGAAAAGAAAAAAAAAGUUACCCCUGAACCAUUUGACCAUGUUGUGCUGUCACGUCGCAUACCUGGAGAAAUGUAUUGUUUGUGGAUUGCUCUGCGUUGUGAAUUCAGUUCUCAAGUUGCUUUUAUAAGUUUAUGUAGAAGGAAGAGAAGGUAUAAAAAAAAAGUGCUUUGUUUUAUCUUUUCAUUGUUCCACCAUGUUUAUUUUCUUUAUUCAAAGUGACUGUGUCACACUUUUCACUUUGGUCAUCACUAUUAAAGAAAGUCUUGCUGGUGGCAAUGCAAGCUGUUGAGUGUGUGUACACGUGA